UCAGUGGAGUGAAUGGCCAAUGGGAGUUGGCUUGUCGAGCAAACACUGAGCUCUACGUUCUCAUUCAUUCAGAGUUAGACAGGCAUGCAGUGUUGAAGAGAGCACGUCCUCGAUUAGCGCUUGCUUUUGAGCAUUCCGCCUAACAAAAACCGUAUUUUACUACAAUUUACUCAUUAUAAUUCGAAGACGGAAGCCAUUGGAUAUAUAAUUAUUUGUUUUCAUAUUGUAAAUUAAUUAAAGUGUGAUUUUUCAAAAUCCUAAAGAAGAUUCCUCCUGCAAUUGUUACUCCGCUCUAGGACUAAACUGGGUUGUCUGACUAGAUCGGCUUCAAGUGCGCAACCUUUAUUGGGUGCAUCAAGAAGCGUGGAUUUACAAUUUCUGGAACACAGUGUGUAAUGCACCAGAGUUUAAGAAGGAAUAACGAAAGAAGAUAAGCUACAACAUCGUAUCAGGAUUUAACGCAAUCGUUACGAAUGUUAAGAGCUAAUUAAAAUACGCUUGGACAAUUUACUUGGAUGGAGUUUUUGUAUAUUGGUUGAUGGAAUCGACGUUAUGGAUGGUUGCAGAUGGGUUUUCUGAUGCAUGCCAAGUCCACGGUGAAUGUCGGAAGUGGUGAUCACCCCAGAUGGCGCUCCAAAGUCAACAUGGCCCUGGCGGUUCAUUAGUGGUGAUCCAGCAGCCUGCCCUGGAGGGCCGGCAGAGGUCAGAUUACGAGCGGGAGCUCCAUCAUGCCGCCAUCCUCUCCCUGGACCAAAUCAAGGCCAUUCGCUCCAGCAACGAGUACACAGAAGGGCCCUCGGUGGUCCGGAGGCCCCCUGCGCCCCGCAUGGCACCCAGGCCCGAGAAGCAGCAGGAGAGGACUCACGAGGUAAUCCUCGUCAAUGUGAACAACAACUAUGAGCACCGGCCGGUAGGGCAUGGCCACCACGGUGGGGUGGUGGUAGUAGCCGGAGGCCAGCAGUGUAGCUCCAGGGCCCCGGUCCUUAAUCGCUCCACCAGUACGGGCAGCGCGGCCAGCUCCGGGAGCAACAGCAGUGCAUCCUCUGAGCAGGGACUCCUGGCCCGCUCACCUCCUUCUAGACCGGGGAUGGUGGCCCUCCACCAGCACCACCAUAGAGCCGAGAGGACUCAGCCUGUUCGGGCUCAGCCCAAGGCGCUGCUAGCCCCCCAGCAUGGCUCUCACCCGCCGCCGCCACUGGAGGCACCGCUCAAGCCCUCAGGGAAAGGGGACGUGGCGUCUGGCCACCAGUUCAUCUGCGAGCGCUGCGGGAAGUGCAAGUGCGGGGACUGCACAACCCCAAGGACCCUGCCCUCGUGCCUGGCCUGCAACGGCCAGUGCCUGUGCUCAGCGGAGAGCGCCCUGGAGCAUGGCACGUGCAUGUGCCUGGUCAAGGGCGUCUUCUACCACUGUUCCAACGACGACGAGGGAGACUCGUGCGCCGACAACCCCUGCUCGCUGUCGCGCUCCCACUGCUGCUCACGCUUCCUCUGCAUGGGAUUACUGUCGGUACUGUUCCCCUGUUUGCUGUGCUAUCCGCCCGUCAAGGGGUGCCUGAAGGCGUGCCAGGGCUGCUACGACCAAGUCAACAGGCCCGGCUGCCGCUGCAAGAACUCCAACACUGUCUAUUGCAAAAUGGAGAGCUGGUCCCCACAGACCCUGGAAAAGCCUUCCUGAUCCCGUGUGUGUGUGUAGGAAGAGGGGCAGUCGAUCCCCGUGCGGUUCUGGCGAUGAUAAUAAUAUUCACUAUUGAUGUUAAUCAAACUUUUGAAGCACCUCCCAUCCGCCUCCCUUUCUCCAACAGGGAAUCCUGCUAGGAGUAAAGCACGGAAUAUGAAAACCACUCAAUUAUUUUUAUAUUUCCUUCCUUUUUUUCUGACAGGACCAUGUUUUUACAGACCAGUGUUUUGUCUGAACUGUUUCUGUCUCUCUUCAGCUACUCAUUAAGAAUAUUCUGUUAGCUAGGCAGUUUCCCUGGUGCUUUAAGCUUCAAGUGAGAGCAGCCUCUUACCAAAUCUGUGAAGGACUAUCUAGCCAGGCAAUAUGUAGCUGUUACCACGUGUUCAUAGCAAACGAGGAUUGUUUGAAUUCCCAGUUGCUACCACACUAAGACCAUGGUUAUCUGGGUUUCUGUGCUCGAGUUGCAUUAUGGAAAGCACAUCCAUCUCAUAGUAUUCUGUUGGAUAUGUUUCCCCCCCCCCCCCCCCCCCCACUCAUCAUUCACACAUUCUGUGGUAUUCUUCCCUUUUAUUUGUUUUCAUUUUGUAAACUGUAUUGCUCAAAUCCAUAAGAGUAAAUUCUUGCUAUUUUUUUGAAAGAAAAUGUCUGUUAAAACAUUUUUUUUUGUGUGUGUAAAAAUAUUUAUUAUGUGAAGCUCUAUUUUAUGAUAUUUAUUGCAAAAGACAGUCUUAAAUGUACUCAUGUCUGAAUAUAACAAAAUAUCAAUACUUACUGAAAAAUUAAAGGGUGGCACAAAAGAAAAAGCUAUGUUAACUUUUAAUGCAGAAAAUAUAUUAAUAAUGAAAAAAAAAUGUUGUCUUGAUUAUCCUCAUUACAUUGACCCUUGAGUGAUUUGCGCUGGUUUGAAUGCUUUCUAGGUAUUGAGAUGUUUCAUAAGCAGUGAAUGGGUCUGGUUCUUGCAUACACCAUAGAGUACAAUUCUGAAACUGAGAACAGACUUUGGUUGAUUUAUUUCAAGCAAGUGGUGCUUUUCUUUGCAAAACUUGGAAUACUUUGGUCAACAAGUUGAUAUUUACUCAUUUGGAAUUCUGCUAAAAAAAAAUAUAAUUUGAGUCAUAGGUAUGUCAGCAAUCAAGUUUUCAAGAUAUAGAACUUUCAAAAUAUAGUAAGUGCAAAACGCAUCAUACUUUCUGUAUUUUAAUGUUCUAUAUCAACUUGAUUGUUGACAUGCAAAACAUUUUGGGACUGUAUCAAUAGUGGACUAAUGUAACAAAUACCAAAAGAGUUUGAGUGGUAUUUUCUUUUAAGAAACUUCAUUCCAGCCAAGAGGUCACCACCAAACUUAGUAAUAGCUUCAUUCCUUUGUUUAAAAAGUUGCUAGAUCGGGAUGUUCCCAACUCCUAAAUGGUCUCCAUAUUGAGGCCACUGUGUGUGUCUGAGAAAUGAGAGCCACCAUUAUGACUACCCAAGGCCACCUGUUCAAAGAUAAUAAACCAGCUAUCAAUGCUAAGCUUUUAUGGCAUGUUCCUGCACUAAAGGCAAAGAUGGGGCAGAUACAGACCCCAUUUGGCUGCUUCUUUUAGUCAUUGAAUUUAUCACUCUGGAAGUUUUCUGACCCCCAGGGGGUAAGUACAUCACUUCUAAAGUUGGUGGGCCUGAAAUGGCAGACCGGGCAACAGGAAAUGCAGUGAAAUAAUAGGGUUUAACUUUGAGUGGGCAGUUAGUCUGAAAUACUAUGUUUCAGUUUAGCUGGAGCAGGAAACUCUUGACCUCGAGUUAAACAAGCACAGUUAUUCAGGGAGGUAAUAUGUGUAAUAUAACUAGGUUAUGUGGUAAACAUUGAGAAGGGGGUAUUUUUGUCGAAAACCAAGUGGCAUUUUAUGAUUUAGCUGACUAGGCUCUUGCUGGACCCAACCUGUAGGAUUCCUUGUCACUAUGGUUCAACAGAACAACCCUUCCAGAUGUCUCCUUUUAUUUAAUGUGCUUUUUCACAUUUUGGGUCUGGAAUGUUCAUUUUUGUUACAUUGAAUUAAGAGUGAGUUAGUGAUUUGUCCAUUUCUGUUACCUUUGAGCCCCAUUUUCUCAUGGCUCCUGGACAUUUGCAAAUGUGUUUUUCUUCAGGUUUCACUUUAGAUCCCUGACAUCGAGGACAGAGCUAAAACUGAAUUCAGGAGGCGGCCAACAUGAAGCUAAUGUUUACUUUAUAUUUUCCAGCCUCAUCCAAAUAAGGAAACCUCUUCGCUCCGCAUUUCCAGUUCUCAGAUUUUAACAAGAGACCCUUAAAAACCUUCCUUUUUUUCAAUCAGAUGAAAUGCCUAGCGGUUAAGAGUGUUCGGCCAGUAACCGAAAGGUCGCUGGUUCUAAUCCUCGACCUGACUAGGUGAAAAAUCUGUCGAUGUGCCCUUGAGCAAUGUACUUCACCUUAAUUGCUCUGGAUAAGAGUGACUAAAAUAUAAUUACCAAAAUAAUUUAAGGGUCUUAAUAUUUGUUUUCUAUUUCAAGGAUCCCACUCCAAGUCCAUUAUUUGUCAUCAUCGCCCCUACAAGCUUCCAUAUUAUUCAUCAUUCUCGUGUCAAGUCCCACACUGGGGUGAAAGUCAAUCUGAGUCAGUGAAGUCAUUCCAUGGCACAAGUCGCCACAAAGCGAACUGGCACCCUCGCACUUGAUGCAGAGUAAAUUUAGCAGCACCACACGCCCACGGGGUGCUAUUUUUGAGUGUGUCAAGCUUGGCGGCCCUUCUCCCGGGGCCCUCUGACAGCAUUGGGGCCUUGAGAGUGCAAACAUGCAUGACUACCCUGUGAGUCACCACGGUGGAACCCACAAGCUCUGCUGCCGGCCGGGGCUGUCCUUAGCCAGGGCACUGCUGCUGCCACUGAAGCUUUUCUAUAAACACUUCCCGGAGCAUUCGUCACCAAAGGCAAAGCUCAGCUUUCAGUGAGCCUAACCUCAGUGCCUUUCCAUCAUUUUCUUAAUAACAUCUAAAUGGAAAUUAGCAUUCAUGGACUUUGUUGGGUGAAACCGUUUCUGAGAGAUGGAGGGAACCAUAUGGUGGUGAAUGUAGACAAGUUUCUGGUUCAAUGUUUUUGGAAAUAUUUUUUCCCAUAGCAUUGGAAAUCUAAUGAGAUCUGAUGAAAUCAGAUGAAUCUUCAUUCAUCUGGAUGGAGUAAAAGUUCAAGAUAACAGAUAACACAGAACACCUGCUACAAUCAAAUCAACAUUUAUUUGUCACAUGCUUUGUAAACAACAGGUGUAGACUAACAGUGAAAUGCUUACUUAUGGGUCAUUUUCCAACAAUGCAGAGUUAGGAGAAAAUAGUGACACAAGGAGUAAAUACACUAAAUAACAAUAACGAGUAAAAGUAACAAGGCUAUAUGCAGGGAGUACCAGUACCGAGUCGAUGUGCAGGGGUGCGAGGUAAUUGAGGUAGCUACGUACAUACAGGUAGGGUUAACGUGACUAGGCAACAGGAUAGACAGUUGCAGCAGCAUAUGUGGUGAGUGUGUGGGGCGUCAGUAUGCACGUGUGCGUAUGUAGUGUGUUUUGGGAUAUCAGUGUAAGUAUGUGUGAGUGUGCAUAGAGUCAGGGCAAGAGAGAUUGUGCCAAAAAGGGUACAUGCAGGUAGUCUGGGUAGCCAUUUGAUUAGCUAUUUAGAAGUAUGUUCUUAGCAGUCUUACAGCUUGGGGGGUAGUAGCUGUUCAGGGUCCUGUUGAUUCCAGACUUGGUGCACUAAUACCGCUUGAUGUGCAGUAGCAGAGAUAACAGACUAUGGCUUGGGUGGCUGGAGACUUUGACCAUUUUUUGUGUAGAGGUCCUGAAUGGGAGGGAGUUCAGCCCCAGUGAUGUACUGGGCCAUACUCAUUACCCUCUGUAAUGCCUUGCGGUCAGGUACCUUGCAUUAGCCGUACCAAGCGGUGAUGCAGCCAGUCAAGAUGCUCUCAAUGGUGCAGCUGUAGAACUUUUUGAGGAUCUGAGUGCCCAUGCCAAAUCUAUUCAGCCUCCUGAGGGGGAAGGGGCGCUGAUGUGCCCUCUUCACAACUGUGUGGGUGUGUGUGGACUAUGUUAAUUCCUUAGUGAUGUGGACACCUAGGACCUUGAAGCUCUCGACCCGCUCAACUACAGCCCCAUCAAUUUGGAUGGGGGCCUGCUCCGUUUCCUGUAGUCCAUGAUCAGCUCCUUUGUUUUGCUUAUGUUGAGGGAGAUGCUGUUGUCCCGACACCACACUGCCAGAUCUGACUUUCUCCCAAUACGCUACCUCGUCGUCGGUGAUCAGUCUUACCACCGUUGUGUCGCCAACAAACUCGAAGGUGUUGGAGUCAUGUGCAGCCAUGCAGUUGUGGAUGAACAGGGAGUACAGGAGGGGACUGAGCACACACCCCUGAGGGGCCCCCGUGUUGAUGGUCAGUGUGGCGGGAGGUGUUGUGUUGUGGCGGAUGUGUCUGGUUUCUAUUCUGAGGCUGGUUGGUUACAAGGAAAACACAUUUACUUUAGUGACCUUUUUAUAAUUCACAUAUUAGUAAUAAACAAUGUUUUAUCAGGUGCUGGGACUACUUUGGCAGAGGUGUUCCAUUGGAACCAAGCCUCUUUGCAUUUUCUCCUUGGUUUCACACACAGGGCCAGGGUGUAAACCCUUCACACAUUGUUCCCAACUGCUGUGUGUCUAUGCAGCGUUACUGCCAUCUGAUACCACACAUUAUUCCCAAGCCCCUCUUCCUGUCUGUCUUUGUCUGCCAUUUUAUGGACAAAGGCUAGUAGGCUAUACGGAGGAGAAGGCGGGGGUUGAGUGAGAGGGUCAAUAACCGAGCCUUGGCAAUCAUUCAGAGGGAUCCUAUUGUAAUUAAUGGCCAGGCACGUUUGAGAGAUGAGCUUUGCGCUAGAUCAAUAGCUUUUAUUUCAUCACCGGGAUUGAUUCAUCAGCAUGCAGAAGGCCACUUCCUCCCAGACUGAUCACAAAGUCACAGCUAAUACCUUCUAACCAACGAUAAGUAUGUUUCCUACUAAUGCCAAAUUCAAUCAAAUCCAAGUGGCCGAUGCGUUAAUCUAACAAAUGUAACGAGAAGUGAAGACGGUUUGAUAAUUCUGUCAAGAAAUGCUAAUUUGGGUCUGGGAAGGCGUAGAAAAGAGAAUUACAUCUAGAUAUUUUAAAGCAACAGUUGGAUGGCUAAAUGUUCUGAUAAAUACACCAACAAAAUAUCCACCUAUUUUCUCAAACGGUGUAGGCUACAGAGUUACAGUACUGUGUACUUCAUGAGCCACAGUACAUUAGCUAUGUAUACUGCUCUUCCUUCUGGCCGGAUGGGCCCACAUUGAUAAGAUCAUGUCCUUGCUCCUUUCUUAACACCCCCAGAGCUAUGUACAACCCCCCCCCCCUUCUCCUUUCCUUUUUUCCUUGAUAUCUCAACCGAGGAAAAAAAUGCCUUCCAAAACUUCAAAAAAUAAAAGAGCUUAAAUCA